CCCACCAUGGCGUCCGUUCAGCCCACGCCGGACGUCACCGGCUCCAGGCAGCUGCCUGGAAAUAUAAGCAAGGAGAUGGUAGCCCAAGUAUAUAAGAGCUACCAAAAUAUGCGUGCGCAGGGCGUCGCUGAGAAUCACCCCGAGUUGAUCAAAGCGAAGAACCUGCUCACGGCCGUUAGCAGACACAACAAUGCUAGCCAACAACAGCGUCAGAUGCAGAUGCAGCAACAGCAGCAGCAGAUGAUGCAGCAACGUCCUCAAGGCCAAGAUCACAACCAGCCUCAGCAGAACGGUGCUGCCGCGGGAAUUCCCAAUGGCAAUGGCACCCCAAUGCACGUGUCUACUGCGCCAUCCGGUCCCCAAGUUGUCACCGCUGGAGGCCAGGCUCCUUCUGCGGGCGGCCAAACGCCCACUUCUGCGACGAGUGGUCCUUCCUUCUCUAAUGAUCAGCUUCUUCUGCUUAAGAGACAGAUUGCCGCUUUCAAGCACUUGUCCAAGGGACUUCCUCUCCCCGUCCCCAUGCAGCAACAACUCUUCGCUACCCAGCAAGGCAAAACCCCGCAGAAUGUCGCUGAAGCUGUCUCAGCCGCCGGUCAGGUAUUGGACAAUGCCACUCGAGCUUCGAGUGCAUCAAUUCCAGGCGCCAAUGGCUCAGUCAGGCUGGUCGAUGGUAACACCAGGCGCAUCCCCGACAAGUUCCACAGCCCUUGGGACUCUCGAUACGUUCCCGAUGUCAACUACAUCUCUCACACAUAUCGCUCCCAGCGCCCUUAUGUUUCUUCCGUUAUGCCUCUGGGCGUCGAUGUCAACGACGUGCGGGCGCAGAUGGGGUUGAUCCGGGACGCUCGAGAGAAAGAAGCGCGCGAGGUUAUACUGUACAACCGCUUGACAGCGAGAAAGGCCGAGCUGGAGAAGACGAGCGCCAACAUUGGUUCCUGGGACACUAGCCGCACGGAUGUUCCAGAGGAUGAUGGCAAGGUGAAGUUGGCGCUUAUUAUUGAGCAAAAGAUGCUUAACCUUCUCCCUAAGCAACGUCUCCUCCGCAAACAGAUUAGCCGCGAGAUGAUACAUGCCGAUAACCUCGCCAUGACCGCAAACCGGACUAUCUACCGUCGUCUUAAGAAACAAUCUCUCCGCGAAGCGCGUCUUACCGAGAAGCUCGAGAAGCAACAGCGGGAUGCUCGUGAGACCAAGGAGAAGAAGAAGCACCACGAUUUCAUUGAAGCUAUCCGCAAACACCGCACUGAGCUUACCGAGGCUAGUAUGGGCCAACGUAUGCGUCUGCAGAAAUUGGGUCGCACUAUGAUCUCCACCCACCAAAAUAUUGAAAAGGAAGAACAAAAGCGCAUCGAGCGCACUGCCAAGCAACGUCUGCAAGCGCUCAAAGCCAACGACGAAGAGACAUAUCUCAAGCUUUUGGGACAAGCAAAGGAUACCCGUAUCUCGCAUCUUCUCAAGCAGACAGACGGUUUCUUGAAGCAGUUGUCUGCAUCUGUGAAGGCUCAACAGCGCAACCAGAGCAACCAGUAUCUGCCAGACGAACCAUCCGAAGACGAAGAAUCCGACGCAGACUCCAACGAAGAGUCCGAAGGCGAAGGCGGACGCACUGGCAAGAAGAAGACGGAUUACUACGAAAUUGCUCACCGUGUCAAGGAACCAGUCACCGCUCAAGCAACGAAUCUUGUGGGUGGUACAUUGAAAGACUACCAGCUGAAGGGUCUGCAAUGGAUGAUUUCUCUGUAUAACAACAACCUUAACGGCAUCCUCGCAGACGAAAUGGGUCUCGGAAAGACAAUUCAGACCAUUAGUUUGAUCACCUAUCUCAUCGAAAAGAAGCAGCAGCCUGGACCCUUCCUCGUUAUUGUGCCACUCAGUACACUUACCAACUGGCAUAACGAGUUCGACAAGUGGGCGCCCAGUGUUGCCAAGAUUGUCUACAAAGGACCUCCCAACUCUCGCAAGCAGCACCAGCAGGCGAUCCGCUGGGGACAGUUCCAAGUUCUACUCACCACCUACGAAUUCAUUAUCAAGGACCGGCCUAUUCUGAGCAAGAUCAAGUGGCUGCAUAUGAUCGUUGACGAAGGUCACCGUAUGAAGAACCAGAACUCGAAGCUCAGCAGCACAAUCACCCAGUACUACUCGACUCGUUAUCGUCUGAUUCUCACGGGAACACCCCUUCAGAACAACCUUACCGAGUUGUGGGCCAUGCUGAACUUUGUCCUUCCUACCAUUUUCAAAUCCGUCAAAUCAUUCGACGAAUGGUUCAACACACCAUUUGCCAACACGGGUGGCCAAGAUAAGAUGGAGUUGACCGAAGAAGAGCAGUUGCUCGUUAUUCGUCGUCUUCAUAAGGUGCUCCGACCCUUCCUCCUUCGUCGUCUCAAGAAGGAUGUCGAGAAGGAUUUGCCGGACAAGACCGAGCGCGUCAUCAAGUGCAACUUCUCCUCGCUGCAAUCGAAAUUGUACAAACAGCUUGUAACCCACAACAGGCUCAUGGUGAGCGAUGGAAAGGGCGGCAAGACUGGCAUGCGAGGCCUCAGCAACAUGCUUAUGCAGCUGCGCAAACUUUGCAACCAUCCAUUCGUCUUCGAAGAGGUUGAGGACCAGAUGAAUCCCUCGCGGAUUUCAAACGACCUUUUAUGGCGGACGGCCGGAAAGUUCGAGCUGUUGGACAGGGUUUUGCCAAAAUUCCAGGCUACAGGUCAUCGUGUUCUCAUGUUCUUCCAAAUGACACAAAUCAUGAACAUCAUGGAAGACUAUCUCCGUCUUCGGGGUAUGCAGUAUCUUCGUCUUGAUGGAUCUACAAAAGCAGAUGAUCGGUCCGAGCUGCUCAAGGUCUUCAACGCUCCCGACUCGCCAUACUUCUGCUUCCUCCUCUCGACUCGUGCUGGUGGUCUAGGUCUCAAUCUUCAAACUGCUGACACUGUCAUCAUCUACGAUUCUGACUGGAAUCCUCAUCAGGAUCUCCAAGCUCAAGAUCGUGCUCAUCGUAUCGGUCAAAAGAACGAGGUUCGCAUUCUCCGCCUCAUUACUAGUAAUUCCGUGGAAGAGAAAAUCCUCGAGCGCGCCAACUACAAAUUGGAUAUGGAUGGAAAGGUUAUCCAGGCUGGUAAAUUCGACAACAAGUCAACCAAUGAAGAGCGAGAAGCCAUGUUGCGAAUCAUGUUGGAGUCAGCUGAGGCUGCUGAAAGCCUCGAGCAGGAAGAAAUGGAUGACGAUGAUCUCAACUCUAUGAUGAUGCGGAACGAAGAUGAACUCAAGCUUUUCCAGGAAAUGGAUAAGCAGCGUGCUGAAUCUGAUCUCUAUGGGCCAAACAAGCAAUUUCCCCGUCUUCUGAGCGAGCAGGAACUGCCUGAUAUCUAUCUCAACGAGGAUGUCCCCGUCGUCGAGGAAAUCCAGGAAGUUGUUGGCCGUGGAGCUCGUGAACGCACUCGCGUCAAGUACGACGAUGGGCUCACAGAAGAGCAGUGGUUGGAUGCGGUCGACAACGACGAUGAUACGAUCGAAGAGGCGAUCGCUCGCAACCAAGCCUUGCUCGCUAGGCGCGGCAAGAAGAAGGGUGUUGAAGAUUCACCUGCUUCUCGCGCUAGCUCGGAAGAGCCCCAACUGCCCAAGAAGCGCGGCCGUAAACCCAAGGUAGACAAGCGAAAGGCAGACGACGCAUCUUUGGAUGGCGAGCCAGCACCCCCACGCAAACGCGGUCGUCCUGGUCCAGGCAAAGAGACCCUCAACCCUGAGCAGCGGGCCUCACUGCAAGAUAUUGUCGACAAGGUUUUCCAAGCUCUGAACCAGCUCGAGGAGGUAUCCAGUGACGAAAGUCUCCCUAACCGUGGCAUCAUCGACCCCUUCAUAGAGUUGCCGCCCAAGAGUGACUACCCAGACUACUACCAGCUCAUCAAAACCCCCAUCUGCAUCAAGCAAAUCGAGCGGAAGAUCAACACGAACAAAUAUCAAUCUCUCAAACAAUUUCGUCAAGAUAUUGCCGUGCUUUGCAACAACUGCCGUACUUACAAUGAGGACGGCAGUGUACUUUUCGGAGAUGCCAACACCAUUGAGAAGACUGCGGUGGAGAAGCUGAAGGAAGCAACCGAACCGUACCCCGAGUGGCAGGACUUCGAUGAUGCAGCUUCGGUCAAUGGAGGUCCGAGCACGAUGACAAGCACGGUUGGAACGCCGCGAUAA